AUGAAAUUAUUUAACUUCCUCAAUAUUUGGUUAUUAUCGCUAUUUAUUGGACAAACAUCAGCUAUCGCAUACAAUCUACCGAAAUUUUGUGCAAAUGCAACAUGGAAUCCUGUAGCUAUAACUUUUGCUACUAGUGCUACACUUGGUACAAAUGUUCAUGGACUUUUUGUCGAUACAAAUAAUACAGUCUAUGUAGCUGAUAGAGCAAAUGAUCGCGUGCUAAUUUGGUUUAAUAGUAGUACAACACCGACAAGUAUUAUCUCGGGUGGUUUAGAUUCACCCUAUGGCCUUUUCAUCACAGAUAAUGGUGACAUUUAUGUUGAUAAUGGUAAUACAUAUAAUCGGGUGGAUAGAUGGGCAUUUAAUUCAACAAGUAGUGUUCCAGCAAUGUAUAAUUGUGGACCAUGUUAUGGUCUUUUUAUUGAUAUUAAUAAUAUGCUUUACUGCUCACUGUAUAAUUCUAAUAAAGUUAUCGCAAAAUCAUUGUAUACAAAUUUAAAUAUUUGGAAUACUGUCGCUGGAACAGGAACUGCUGGAUCAACACCAUCUACACUUAAUGGACAAUGUGGUAUCUUUGUCGAUAAUAAUUUAAAUUUGUACGUGGCUGACAGUUAUAAUAAUCGGAUUCAAAAAUUUGCAUCAGGACAAUUAAAUGGAACUACAAUAACAACAGGAACUAUUACACUAAAUCGUCCAACUGGAAUUAUUCUUGAUUUUGAUGGAUAUCUCUUUAUUGUUGAUCAAUAUAACUAUCGUGUUAUCGGUUCAGGACCUUAUGGAUAUCGAUGUAUAGCAGCAUGUUCUGGAUCUUCUGGCUCAUCAUCUAGUCAAUUAUAUCUUCCAUACUCACUUAGUUUUGAUAGUUAUGGAAAUAUGUUUAUUAAUGAUGAGGCCAAUCGUCGCAUCCAAAAGUUUUUAUUAGUAACAAAUGGAUGCAAUGGAACAACAUCAACGACAACAAUGUCUAGUGUAACACCGAUGAAUAGUACGCAAUCAGUUCCUUUAUUAACAUCUACCUAUGGAACAAAUUCUACAAGUGUAUCUUCGUCGACAAUUCUUUCAUACAACUUACCAACAUUCAGUGCUUAUGCUACUUGGAGUUCUAAUGGAGUAACUCUUUUCAACACUACUACCAUUGGAACAAAUCCAUAUGGUUUAUUUGUUGAUACUAACAAUACACUUUAUAUAUGUGAAUAUUCUAAAAAUAUGAUUCAAGUAUGGCUUGAGAAUAGUACCGUACCUAUAAGAAAUAUUAGUGGUGGUUUAUCUUCUCCCUAUGCGAUGUUUGUUACAGUUAACGGUGAUGUUUAUGUUGAUAAUGGUAAUUCAAAUAGUCAAGUCGAUAAAUGGACAGUAAAUACAACGGCUGGUAUUUCAGUAAUGACUGUCAAAGCCGCAUGUUAUGGUCUUUUUGUUGAUAUUUAUAAUAAUAUUUAUUGUUCACAAUAUACAUAUCAUCAAGUUGUUACAAAAUCAUUAAAUAGUAAUUCAGAUAUGUGGAUCGUUGCUGCCGGUACAGACUGCUCAGGAUCAACAUCAAAUACGCUUUAUAAUCCUCGCGGAAUCUUUGUUGAUACAGAUCUCAAUUUGUACGUUGCUGAUUAUACCAAUGAUAGGGUGCAAAAAUUCCUACCACAACAAGUAAAUGGAAUAACGAUAGCAGGAACUGGAGCAACAGGAACUAUUAGUCUCAAUGGUCCUAGUGGAGUUGUUCUGGAUGCAGAUGGUUACGUAUUUAUUGCAGAUUAUUUGAAUAAUCGUAUUGUUGGAUCAGGACCAAACGGAUUUCGUUGUUUAUUAGGAUGUUCAAGUGUUGCCGGUUCAGCAUCUAAUCAAUUGCAUUAUCCAACAAGUUUAAGUUUCGAUAGUUACGGUAAUAUGUUUGUUGUUGAUAACUACAACAAUCGAAUUCAAAAAUUUUAUAUAACAAGUAAUAUUUAUAGUACAACUAUUAAUCAACCAAGGUUCUGUCCAUCUACAACUUGGUAUACAAAUGCAAUUACAUUUGCUAAUAGUAGCACGGUUGGAACUUACGUAUAUGGUAUUUUUGUUGGUCUUGAUAAUACUGUGUAUGUAGCUAAUCAACAAACUAAUAACGUUGUAGUAUGGUUCGAAGGAAGUAUUAAUCCAGAUAAAAUUCUAUCUGGUAGUCUGAGUUCACCAUAUGAUCUUUUCGUUACUCCUCUAGGUGAUGUAUAUGUUGAUAAUGGUUUACAUAAUGGUCGAGUUGAUAAAUUUUCAUUAAACUCAAACAUAAGUACUUCUGUAAUGUCAGUUCCUAAUAUGUGUGCUGGUAUUUUUGUUGAUAUUAGUAAUACUCUUUACUGUGCAGCGUAUACUUCUCAUCAAAUUGUUAAGAAAUGGUUGAAUGAUAGUGUACUCAUAUCAACUAUUGUUGCUGGCACAGGAGCAAGUGCACCAGGAACUAUUACACUUUCUAAUCCAAACGGUAUUGCAUUAGAUGGUAAUGGAUAUCUUUUUAUUGCGGAUACUAAUAAUGAUCGAAUAAUUGGAUCGGGACCAUAUGGUUUUCGAUGUCUAUUUGGAUGUACAGGGAGUGGUUCCAGUUCAAGUCAAUUGAAUACGCCAGUAACUUUAAGAUUUGACAGUUAUGGAAAUUUAUUUGUUGCUGAUAGAUAUAAUUAUCGAGUACAAAAGUUUAUCUUAGCAUCAAAUUCAUGUAGUAUCUAUUAUAAUCAACCAACAUUUUGCUCAAAUGCUUUAUGGUAUUCUAAUGCAUCAAAUUUUGCAUCAAGUAGUACAAUUGGUACAUUACCGUAUGGUAUUUUUAUUAAUGGAAUUAAUACUAUAUAUGUACCUAAUCGAGUUACUAACACUAUUUUAUCAUGGCCUCAAUGGAGUACUUCAUCAACAAGUAAAAGUUAUACUAAUUUGAGUAAUCCAUUUAGUCUUUUUAUGUCUAUGACUGGUGAUAUUUAUAUUGAUAAUGGUUAUUCAUAUGGUCGAGUUGAUAAAUAUAUAUUUAAUACAUCAAAUCGUGUUACUGUUAUGAAUGUGAAUGGAAGUUGUUAUGGUUUAUUUAUUGAUAUUAAUAAUAAUCUUUAUUGUUCACUUAAAAAUCUUCAUCAAGUUGUUAAACUCUUACUUAAUAAUGGUACAACCAUUCCGACAAUUGCAGCCGGGAAUGGUUCUGCUGGAUCACUAUCAAAUAUGCUUAAUUUUCCUCAAGGCAUCUAUGUUGAUAGUAAUUUAAACCUAUAUAUUGCAGACAGUGCUAAUAAUCGUAUUCAAUUCAUUCAAUCUGGUCAGUUAGAUGGAGUGACACUCGUUGGUAAUGGUUCAUCAGCAAAUAUUACACUCAACUAUCCAACUGGAAUUGUCCUUGAUGCUAAUGGUUAUCUUUUUAUUGUCGAUAGUUAUAAUCAUCGUAUUGUUGCUUCAAGUUCUACUGGUUUUCGAUGUUUAGUACAGGCUUGCCAAACCUCCUGA